AUGUCCAACCUCUCAACCACCACCCAAACCUCCGCCACCUCUUCCCCCGGCAACAGCAGCAGCAGCAGCAACAAAACCACCAAGUUCCUGCUCCCGCCCUUCUCCAACACCACCAAGAAGAACAAGAAACCCUCCCCCUCCCCCUCGCUCCUCCUCAUGCUCUUCAAGCCUGAGCUGUCGAGUGUUACGCAGCUGGCGCGGAAGGAGAAGAUGGCGAAGAAGGAGAAGAAGGACAAGGACAAGGAGGAAAAGAAGGACAAGUGA